AUGAAUUUAGAAAACCAUUCUAAAAGAGAGCAACAAAGACCGAAAAGCGGAGAAGAGACCUUGGGGAAACAGCAUACCGGAUCAGUAGAAGUGAUCUCAAGGCAAUGGGUUACUCGAGCUACCUAUCUGAUUACAGCUGUCGGCCUGACCUGUUUGUUCAUGCAGUUUGGGAUUGUUCCAUAUUUGGCAACAAGCCUCGGUUUAGAUGCAGUUGAAUUUGGCUACUUGCAAACACUCUAUGGUGUUCUUCAGCUUCUGGGAGGUCCCAUUUUUGGGAGGUUCUCCGACCAGUAUGGAGCCAGGGCUGCACUGAUUUUGUCAUACGUGGCUUCAUCUUUGGUCUUCUUGCUUCUUUCUAUGUCCACCAAUGUGCUGCUGCUCAUUCUUUCCAGGAUUCCAUCCUUCUUCAUACAGGCACUACCAGGUGCUCAAAUGGUCAUAACAGAUUUGACGACUCCUGCUUUUGAACAUGCUGAUCCUUCAGGAAAGCUUGGACUAUGUUUUGGAAUAGGAAUAAUUCUUGGUUCUUCUCUGGGUGGUAGUCUAACCACACAUUUUGGAGUUUAUUUUCCUUGCUAUGUUGGACUGGCCGGGCAUCUUGCAUGCGUCCUGAUGGUCCUCCUCUUUAUUCCUGCCCAGACAAAAUCACAGCCCAAAGGAAAUGCUGCAGAACAAAGCACGCCCCAUUCCAGCGAUGUGUUUAGCCUCAAAGAAGUCCUAAGACUGUUGAAGCUUCCAGGAGUAAUGGAUGUUUUCUUAAUCAAGGUGCUUUCUGGUCUUCCGAUAGGUUUGUUCAUGAUCAUGCUUUCCAUCAUAUCUAUUGAUUUCUUCAAGCUGGAAGCAGCACAGGCUGGAUACCUGAUGUCCUAUUUCGGAGUCCUUCAAAUGGUUUUUCAGGGUCUAGUAAUUGGGCAAUUAACUAGUCGUUGUACAGACCGGACUUUGCUUAUGCUGAGUGUCUCUGUCUUCAGCGGAGUGGGUCUUGCUAUGGCCCUGAUGACCAACGUGUUCCAGUACUGCAUCAUUGCAUUUCCCAUGGUUUUUGCAUUCUGUACUUUAGGCAUCAUUACUGACAUCCUUCUGACCAAAUCUGUCCCUCCUUCUGACACUG